GUACUGAAUCAGCUGGGAAAUCAGGAUCUUCACUCUUCACUCUUCAGUUGCAUUUGAGGAUCCGAGGCGUGAGCACACGGAUAGUUCAAAACUGCAAAAUAAGUGAAAUAUUCUCGACUUUGAAAAUUUUUCAAAAAAGAAGAAAACAAUCUAAAGUUACAUCAGUGCUGUUUGGAAGAUAAUAUAUUACCCUUUUUCACAGCAUGGCACCUUGCUAUAAUAAUAUGAAAAAUCUACAUUAUAGAACUCAAUCUUUGCCUGAAGCUGUUUACACCAACCACAUGCUUCACAUGGCUCAUCAAGAGUAUCAUCAAGCACACCUCCAGGCUAUAAAUGAUAAGCUACAUAGCACCCAUCAUUCGUCGGCCAUUAAAAAACGAAAUAAUAUUCGUCGUUCUCAAACAAAUGUGUGUGAUAUCGUGCCCAGCGUUCCUCAUCACAGAGCCCCUCUCACCGCAGGGGUUUAUGAAGCAUUUUUACCCCCUCCUAAUCUUAAUGCCAUUGGGCUCCCUGUUGGCACUUCAAAUAUUAAUCAGUCCAGAAACCGAACUCAAUCUUUUUAUUUGCCGAACUAUCUCCGACCUACAUCUUUAAGUCAUCAAAACCUACAGAUGGGGAGCCAACAAAAUUUGUGUAUGCCCGACCAAAUGAUGGGUCACUAUCCAAUUCAUCAUGUGAAAGCGUUGAGCCAUAGAGAGUUAGGAAUUAUGAACGAACAGAAAAACCUAUCUCAGUCCUGGUAUCAUAGGUCGGCUCCCAAUAUAUCCCAGAACAUGAGCUCCCCACAAUCCCUCACCACCCCCCUCUUCGUAGACUGCAGUGUGGAAUAUGACCUAGGAGAUCACCCUCCUGUACCCGCUAAUAGUGAACCCCUACUCUCCAUCCACCCGGAGUACAUGGUUAAAACCCGAUCAGUCAAUUCCAGUCCCUAUAGUAUGUACCAAAGUUCUAAUCAUAUAAGAACGGGUAAGAUCAAGGGUUUAAGUCCUGCGGAUAAGUCUGAAAAUCACAAAUCCCUACCGGAUAUGGCAGCUAGCUAUAAUCGACGAACCCAUCAACAGAGGUACGGCAUGGUUCGAAGAACAAAUAUACCUCGAUCUAGUCCCAAAUCUAUCUCCGAUCCCAAACUAGAAGCGACCAGAAAGUUGUCAGUCGAAUCCCGGGAUUCUGGAAUAGGUUUGAUGAAAGACCCGGCCCUUGGGAGCUCCGCCCACCCUUGGUAUUUCUCUCCACCCACCUGUGAUAUUGCUCUGGGACAGCCUGAGCAGCCUGCCCAGCCACCUCUACCUCAACAAACAGAUUAUACCAACAAGUUACUCACGGAGAACAACAAAAGAUUUGCGUUUACAGAUUUGGUUAACGGUCUACUGUGCUGUUCCACUCCAGGAUAUGCUCCGGAUCUAAACAUGUCAUUUCCCGAGGAGAAAAUUGGAGACUGGACUCCCCUUGACCGGAAGCUUGGGGAGUGGACCACCCCCAUGGACCGAAAAGCCGGGGAGUGGACCACCCCUCAGGACCGGAAGAUGGGUGAUUGGACCCUGGACCGGUUCGGGACUCCCUGGAGGGAUACCAGGACCAUGGAAUGGGUCCUGCAAGCUAGUCAGCAGAAAGGAGGAGUAGGAGGAGGAGGAGAAUGUCGAGGAGCUAAUACCGUAUACUGUGGUCAGGACUGCGGUGACGGAUUCUGCUACAAUGUUUGGAACAGUAUGGUUCACGUCUAGGAGCACCGUUCCAUGUAACAUGGUUUCCGUCUAGGAACAUUGUUUCUUUGAACAAUAUGGUUCCUGUUCCUCAGAACUUUACAUGCAGUCAUUACAUGAGAUCCAUACUUUUCUUCCUAAACAAUUACAUGCAGUGAUUUCAUCCAGGCCUAGUGUUUAAUCCUGAUCAAGGAUUUCCUCCAGGACUAGUGUUUAAUCCUGAUCAAGGAUUUCCUCCAGGCCUAGUGUUUAUUCCUGAUCAAGGAUUUCCUCCAGGCCUAGUGUUUAAUCCUGAUCUAGGAUUUCCUCCAGGCCUAGUGUUUAUUCCCGAUCGAAGAUUUCCUUCCGGCCUAUGUGUAAUAAAGGAUUUCCUUCUUGAUUUCUGAUUUGAAAAGAAGUACGCGGAAACAUUUACGAUCGUGACGGACCGUUACCAGAUAGAAACCUUUAACAGUCCGUCCUUCUUCCUCCAUCCCCACUCCCCUCAACAACCUUCCUUCCCCCUCCACCCCCCCCCCCCCCCCCACUUCCAGUCCUUUGAAUUCUAAAAUUUAGCCCCGCAUUUGCCCUGGAUACAUGGAUCUAAUUCGUUGAUUAAAAUUCCUGCAACGAUCGUCUAGAUCAGAUCGUU